AUGGCUACCGAGGACUCCAAGCCCGCAGCCCGCAGCCGUGUCUUCUUUGACAUCACCAUCGGCCCGCGUGCUGCCGGUCGUGUCGUGCUGGAGCUUUACAACGACGUUGUGCCCAAGACCGCAGAGAACUUUCGCGCACUUUGCACCGGCGAGAAUGGCAUCGGGAAGAGCGGCAAGCCCCUGCACUACAAGGGCUCCGGGUUCCAUCGAGUUAUCAAGCAGUUUAUGAUCCAGGGUGGUGACUUCACCGCUGGCAAUGGCACAGGCGGCGAGUCGAUCUAUGGCGAGAAGUUUGAGGACGAGAACUUCGAGCUGAAGCACGAGAAGCCCUUCCUGUUGUCCAUGGCAAAUGCUGGCCCUGGCACCAAUGGCUCGCAAUUCUUCGUCACGACCGUCCCCACACCUCACCUAGACGGCAAGCACGUCGUCUUCGGCGAAGUUCUUACGGGAAAGUCCAUAAUUCGCCAGAUCGAGAACCUCCCCACCGACUCAGACAAGCCCAGGCAGGCCGCAGUCAUCGCCGACUGCGGCGAGCUCCUGGGCGAGGACGCGGAGCUCGCCACUGCCGCGAGCAACAAGCCCGACGCGCUGGGCGACCCAUACGAGGACUUCCCCGAGGACGAGCUGUCCAAGCAGCAGGGCAAGGAGGGCGAGGGCAAGGAGGGGGAGCUGUCGGCGCAGAAGGUGCUGCAGAUCGCGACCGAGUGCAAGGAGUUCGGCAACAAGGCCUUCAAGGCGGGUGACGUGGCCACGGCGCUGGACAAGUACGAGAAGGGGCUGCGGUACCUUAACGAGGACCCGGACCUGGACAGCGCGGGCGACGCCGCCGCGUCCAAGGACAUCAAGGAGAAGAUGGACGCGGUGCGCUUCACGCUCAACAGCAACGCCGCGCUGAUGAACAUCAAGCUGAGCAACUGGGAGAGCGCCGCGGCCCUCGCGACCUCGGCCCUGGCCGUCGGAGGCCUGAAGGACGCGGAGAAGGCCAAGGCGCUGUACCGCCGUGGUGUCGCCCACGUGCGCCUGAGGGACGAGGACAACGCAGUGGCGGACUUGACAGCGGCUAACAAGCUGGUGCCAGGCGACGCGGCGAUCGCCAAGGAGCUGGCCGAUGUGAAGAAGAGCGUUGCCGCGCGGGUGGCUAAGGAGAAGGCCGCCUACAAGAAGUUCUUCAACUAG